AUGGAGAACCUCCCUCCAGUUCCAGCUCAGCUGCCUGCCCAGGACCGCUCACCCGACCUGAGUCCAGGCGGGCGCAAGAGGAGCGGCUCCGGGGGCGGCAUCCUCUCCAAGUUCCCCUUUCUGCGCACCUCCGAGAGCAAGUCGAGCCUGAACGAGUCGCGAAACAUCGCCAUCGCCGAAGAUGCCACCAGCCGACCACCGCGCGCCCUCGCCACCAUAUCCCACCAGCAGAAGACCCGCAGGCGUAAGGGUUCCCUGCGGAAAGUCGCACUCCUGGGCCGUGGCGCCGCGCGCGAGAGGCGCGAGCUGACACCCCUCGCCAUCACCACAACCACACAGCCUGCCGAAGCAGCCGUGCAACCCAUGGUCGAGUCGCCCUCGAGUUUAAGCACUCCAGGAAGCGAAGAAUUUGGCCUGGGCAUAUCGGACCUUACCCCGCGCCCCUCGAUGGAUGGAUUUGCGCGAAGGGUCCCGGUUCCGAUACCUCCACCACCUGCCCCUGACAGCGACUCGCAGGUUACGAGUCCCACGAUAUCCUAUACCUCUACUACCGACGAAGAAGACGUACUCUCCAUACCGGUCAACAUCCCGCCACCCCUGUUGGGCCCGGAGCUCUCUUCGCUGUCCUCCGGCUCCGACUCCUAUUUCCCACCCAGUCGCGCGCUAUCUCCCUCGAUACAGCGGCGGCGCUCCGUCAAACAUGCCAAGUCACCACUCUCUCUCCAGGGACUGACGGCCAACCCUCUCCCCGCGGCAGACGAGGACCACGACUACAGCGAGACCGAGUGGUGGGGCUGGGUGGUGCUGGUCGUCACCUGGUUUGUCUUCAUCAUCGGCAUGGGCUCGUGCCUCAACAUCUGGAGCUGGGCCUGGGACGUCGGCACCACGCCGUACGCGCCGCCGGAGCUCGAGGACGACCCUACGCUGCCUAUAGCGGGCUACUAUCCGGCCCUGCUGAUAUUGACGUGUAUUAUGGCCUGGGUCUGGGUGGUUGUUGCGUGGACCGGGAUGAAGUACUUCAGGCAUGCUAAGAUCAGCGGCGACUAG